CUCUCCACUCCACCUCUAUCUCCACGCUAAGAUUCGUCUCCACCUCCUCGCCCCCCCCCCCUUCCACCUCCCCCUCCGCCCGCCGAAACCCUAGCCCGCCCCGCCUCGCCGCCGGCGAUGGCCGCAUGACCGCUGCGCCGCCGUGGAAACGCCCACUGCCCGGCUUCGCCGCUCCCGCCGCCGUCAUCGUAGCGGCGCUAGCGUCCUCCUUCAUCUCCAUCUGCCCUCCACGCGCCGCCCCGGCCGCCGCGGGAUCCAGGCUCUUCAUGUCGAAGGCGAGGGUAUACACCGACGUCAACGUCCUGCGCCCCAAGGAGUACUGGGACUACGAGGCGCUCACCGUCCAAUGGGGUGAGCAGGAUGACUAUGAAGUUGUCAGGAAAGUUGGAAGGGGUAAAUAUAGUGAGGUCUUUGAAGGCAUCAAUGUUAACAAUAAUGAGAAAUGCAUAAUCAAGAUCCUCAAGCCUGUCAAGAAAAAGAAGAUCAAAAGGGAGAUCAAAAUACUUCAGAAUCUUUGUGGAGGUCCAAACAUUGUGAAGCUGCUUGAUAUUGUCAGAGAUCAGCAUUCAAAGACGCCCAGCUUGAUCUUUGAAUACGUCAACAACACAGAUUUCAAAGUUCUGUACCCCACGUUGACGGAUUACGACAUCCGUUACUACAUAUACGAGCUACUCAAGGCUUUGGAUUAUUGCCAUUCACAAGGCAUUAUGCAUCGAGAUGUCAAGCCCCAUAAUGUAAUGAUAGACCAUGAGCUUCGUAAACUUCGCUUGAUAGACUGGGGCUUGGCUGAAUUCUACCAUCCAGGCAAGGAGUACAACGUCCGUGUUGCAUCAAGGUAUUUCAAGGGACCUGAACUUCUAGUUGAUUUACAAGACUAUGAUUAUUCCUUGGACAUGUGGAGUCUUGGGUGCAUGUUUGCUGGAAUGAUAUUUCGCAAGGAGCCAUUCUUCUAUGGUCAUGACAACCACGACCAACUUGUGAAGAUUGCAAAGGUUCUUGGAACAGAUGGGCUGAAUGCUUAUUUGAACAAGUACCAUAUUGAGCUUGACCCUCAGCUUGAAGCUCUUGUUGGAAGGCAUAGUAGAAAACCCUGGUCAAAGUUCAUUAAUGCUGAUAGCCAACAUCUAGUAUCUCCUGAGGCCAUAGAUUUUCUUGAUAAGCUUCUACGUUAUGAUCACCAAGAUAGGCUUACUGCACGUGAAGCUAUGGCACAUCCCUACUUCCUUCAAGUGAGAGCCGCGGAGAACAGCAGGACACGGCCACAAUAAUCUUCGUGAACACCCCUAAAUGGAGCUGUUUCUUACAGUUGCUGAACAUCGCAUGAUGAUUGUUACUCUAGCAACUUGCUCCAACUAUUUGUGCCAUGGCAAUGAGUUAAAUAGUACGACUCAUGUGGCAAUGUUGUUCCGGCAAAAAAAAAAAAAAAAAAAAUCUGCUGGUUGUGCUUGGGGAAUGCGAUGGCAUGCAUAUAAUUAUUUCUGUAAUAUGGUAAGCAAAUUGUUCGUGCUCUAGGCUCAUUGUGGAACACAACGCAAUCCUAAGAUGCGAUAUAUACUUGUAUCAUGGCGUUGUACUGUGUAAUGUGUAUGCAAAGGAUUUUUUGGAUGCCUA